CCACUAUAGGACCUUGGUCGUUUCCUGUGGUAAUCGUGCCCAAGAAGCCCGGAGGGAUUCGCAUAUGCAUCGAUUCUCGGAAGCUAAACGAUAUCAUGAUCAAAGAUGUGUACCCCCUUCCCCGGAUUGAUGAGCUGUUGGAUGCGAUUGGGAGUGCUCGAUUUUUCAGUAAGUUUGAUGUUCGACAUGGGUUUCAUCAUCGUCUUGUUCGAAACGAGGAUCGUCCGAAAACGGCGUUUGUGUUGUUCGAAGGUACUUGGCAAUGGGUUCGAUGCCCCAUGGGCAUCUGCAAUGCUCCUGCAACCUUUCAGCGAGCCAUGAACAUGGCUUUUCGGAAAUUUGUGCUGAAGACACGUCUGACGCAGAGUAUCAUCAACUAUUGCGUGAUUGUGUACAUGGAUGAUAUUAUGGUGUAUUCGAGUUCCUACGAGGGGCAUUUGCAAUACAUCGAAUGGACGCUGCAUGCAUUGAGGGAUGUCGGUUUUAAGGUGGCGCUGGAGAAAUGCCAGUUCUUUCUCACCACCAUUUCCUUCCUGGGACACGUGGUGACAGACCACGGACUCAGACCGGAACCGCAAAAGGUGGCAGCUGUGAGAGACGCGCCUGUGCCCACGACUAUCACGCAAGUUCGCGCCUUUCUGGGCCUGGUCUCGUACUACCAAAGGUUUAUCAAGGGCUUCGCGGCUAUUGUGGAAGGCGAUCUUCUCGGGUUUCUUUUCGGAUCGGUGCGGCCAGGCCAUCGCCAGCUAAUUGUCCAGGAACUCGUUGUCCCGCUCGCGCAACUGGUCGACGACCUCUCUCUCGACAUUGUUUCGCAAGGUGACGAGAGUCUGGCUCCGCACGUCCUUACACGAACAUUGGCACCGUAUCUACAGUGGACUGCGUGCUUGGAGGAACCGGGGAGUGAAAGCGCCCUGCCGUCGCGGCAGGAGUACUUGAAGCCGUCCGGAAUCAUCAAUCUUGCCUUCUAUCCGAAGCAAGAUACGUCCGAAAAGGCGGUAGAAGAGGAAGAGGAGGAAGCCACCGAAGAAAAGGGCGACGUUGAAGAAGAGACAUCGGAAGAAGGGAGUUAUAGUGAGCACAGCGAAGGAGAGCAGAGUGAAGAGGAAGAAGAAGAAGAAGAAGAAGAAGACGAAGAGGAGGAAGCCGGAUCGGAGUGGGAGGCUUUGCCGGAAGAAGAGGCGCGCACAGGCACGGAGGCGGAAGAUCCCGAGGCGGCAAGUAAGAGGGAAGAGAUCGCCGCCGGGAAAAACCAGCUGGAGUUCGCCAGCGAGGCGAACCUGCGCAUCAACGACGACCCGACCUGGGAUCCAGAGCCCCCCAAGCCCGAAGAUGGCGACCCAGCAACCGCGGCUCCGAGCGCAUCGCGACGGAGACGAAGCCGAUCCCCCAGUUCGUCCAUGUACAGAUGCGGGGGAUCGGCCUUCGUCCCCGGUCAUUAUCUCGCCGUCCCCUUGACUACCUCACCCUCAGUCAGAUCUCUACCCCCGUCACCUUCACUCGCAAACCCUUCCCUCCCAAUACCUUCCACCACUUCUACUCCACCCGCCUCGCCGUCACCGUCCAUCCCCAUCCUUCCCUUCAAUGUGCAACCCCCGCGUUCUGUUUGCAUGUCCUUUUGUUUAGUGCGGCGUGGGAGCAGAGCAACGCAGUAGAAGUCUACUGCCGCAGUAGAAGUCUACUGCGUAAUCACAGGAACCAUCCCCGCAUGCCGCCAUCAC